AUGGUAGACGAGUUCAAAUAUCUGGGCAUUACUCUUGACAGUUCACUCAGAUACAAGACUCAUAUCAGAGAGCAGACGGCUAAGGCCAUAAGAACGCUGUACCAAUGUAAAAGGGCAGUAGGGAAGAACUGGGGACUAAAGCCGAGUAUGAUCCACUGGAUUUACAAAGCCAUUAUCACACCCAGGGUGCUAUAUGGGGCGGUGAUCUGGUGGCACAGGACCCAUAUUGGAGAAUAUCGGAAGAAUCUGACAAAAGUACAAAGACUAGCCUGCCUCAUGAUGACGGGGGCUAUGAGAACCACCCCGACACAUGCUAUGGAGGUGCUGUUAGGCUUAAAGCCCCUCUGGAUUGAGGCAGAGAAGAGAGCCAUGGAACAGUGGUACAGAAUAAAAGCAUGCAAGGAAUGGAGAGGAAGUUGCGUGGACAAGAGACACGCACUGAUACAAAGAGAGGCACUAUCGAAGCUAGAAAUGCUGAUGGUCAAUAAUGACCUCAUAAAGAGGGAGGAGAUUUUCGAUAAGAAGUAUAGAGUACAUAUAGGAGAAAGAGACAACUGGAAGGUAGAGGUCGGGCACCCAACGACUAUAUGCUUCACAGAUGGCUCUAGGAGAAGCUCUACAAAGCUAGCAGGGGCGGGAAUAGUAAUCCCGAAACUAGGAGAAAAGGUGUCGAUACCACUAGGGAGAUACACUAGCGUGUUCCAAGCAGAGGUAUGUGCAAUAGCGCGCUGUGCACGUAUAUUAAAAGAAAGCGAUAAACAAGAUGGAGCCGUGGUCAUAUACACCGACAGUCAAGCGGCACUAAAGGCUCUGAAGAGAACAUCGGUGACCUCGUCCCUGGUGAGAGAAUGCAGGGAAGAGCUCAACUCGAUAGGCAAGCAUAGAAGUGUAACGGUUGCGUGGGUACCGGGACACCAGGGAGUCACAGGUAAUGAGAAAGCAGACGAGCUGGCAAGGGCGGGGGCGGAGACGGAAUUCUUGGGUCCGGAACCGGCUCUGCCUAUGUCAGCUGACGUCACGAAAGGAGUCAUUGAGAGGAUAAAAGAGAUGGAAGCACAAAGAGCCUGGGAAAGAGAGACCAGUUGCAGACAAACGAAGAUGAUGAUAGAAGGUAGAGACCAAAGGAGAGCUAGGAAGGCGUUUGACCAAGUCGACAAUGAUAUCCUCCUAGAGAAGCUGUCAGUGGUGGGCUUCGACCCAUCACUCCUAAAACUGUUUGCUAGCUACCUGAAGGAUCCUUACUUACAGGGCACGCUGGGAUAUAACGCACUGGCGACACGGAGACUGUUCGACCAGCUGGUGACUGUUAAGGACCACCACCACGACCGUGUUUGUGCGUCAGCUGCUUUCGUUGCACCGAUGGCUGCCAUCGCUGCCCUGGCGCGGACACAAGUGGAGGACGAGCAGACGGCGCGCGAGCCCGCGACAGCUGGCUACGACCGCGGGGCCACCCGCGCGCUGUUCCUCGAUGCGCAGACGCUCCUCGCCGAGCUACCCACAUCACCCGAUUCACAUCACUCGUAUCGAUACCACCCUCACUAG